CGUGCAGGUUCCGCUGUUUGUGUUUACGGCGGUUCUGCUGCUAAAGCUGGGCGAUGUUAUGUCAAAUCUCUCCGGAAUAAAAAUAAAUAAACCAUCUUCUCUUGAAACAGGUGAUUUAGCUCUUUAAACCCCAUUCAUGAGUGCGUCGGGCUCCGUUUAGCAGUCAUGGAUGACAUGGCCUCCGUGGGGAAAAUUAGUGCCUCCUCCGACUCGGUUUCCACCCUAAACAGCGAGGACUUUGUCCUGGUGUCCCGCCUCGGGGACGAAACCCCCUCCACUAAUAACGGCAGUGACGAUGAAAAGACAGGCCUGAAGGUGAUUUCUGAAGAAGGGGUCAGCUUUAAGAUUGUGGGGAACGGCAGUGAACAGCAAUUGCAGAGGGAGCUGGAGGAUGUGCUUAUGGACCCGUCGGUGGCUGAGGUGACUCCCGGACCACACCAUGUGGGUGAGGGGGACCAUGGCUACCCCACCACUGCUGCUCCACCACAGCCAGGCCCUGCACCCCCGAAGCUGGAUAUGGUGCUGCCUGUUCAGGGAGCACAAGAGGAUGACGGGUCAGUGUCGAGCCCUGGUACGCCCGUGCCAGAUGAGGACAGUGUGGUGUUCAGUAAGCUGACGUAUCUGGGCUGUGCGUCGGUGAACGCCCCCCGCAGUGAGGUGGAGGCACUGCGUAUGAUGAGCAUUCUGCGUAGCCAGUGCCAAAUGCCACUCGAUGUCACCCUCUCUGUGCCUGGAGUCUCUGAGGGAACCGUCAGGCUCCUGGACCCUCAGAGCAGCACUGAGAUCUCUAACUACCCCAUCUAUAAGAUCCUGUUUUGUGUACGCGGUCACGAUGGAACACCAGAGAGUGACUGUUUUGCUUUCACCGAAAGCCACUACAAUGCCGAGAUCUUCCGCAUCCACGUCUUCCGCUGCGAGAUCCAAGAGGCGGUCAGCCGAAUUCUCUACAGCUUCGCCACAGCCUUCCGGCGGUCGGCCAAUAAGGCACCUCUCUUGACGCAGGCUCCGCCUCUCACGCCAGACAGUGACGUUUUCACCUUCACCGUCAGUCUGGAGAUCAAAGAGGAUGAUGGGAAAGGAACCUUCAGUGCAGUGUCAAAGGACAAGGACAGACAGAGCUUCAAGCUUCGUCCUGGAAUGGACAAGAAGAUUGUUAUUUAUGUCCAGCAGACAUCUAACAAAGAACUGGCCAUUGAGAGGUGUUUCGGUCUGCUCCUAAGUCCAGGCAAAAAUGUUCGGAAUAGUGAUAUGCACCUGCUAGAUCUGGAGUCAAUGGGAAAGAGUUCAGAUGGUAAAUCUUACAUCAUCACAGGGAGCUGGAAUCCCAACACGCCUCAGUUUCAGGCUGUCAAUGAAGAAACACCCAAAGAUAAGUUUAUGUAUAUGACGACGGCAGUGGACCUGGUGAUCACAGAGGUGGAGGAGCCGGUGCGUUUCCUUUUGGAGACACGUGUCAGAGUGUGUUCGCCCACCGACAGACUCUUCUGGCCUUUCAGCAAACGCAGCUACACUGAGACCUUCUACUUAAAACUGCGACAGCUGGAGCGGAAGAGUAACACAGAUACGCUAUAUGAGGUGGUGAAUUUGGAGAGUGAGACGGAGAGAGAGAGGAAGAAAACCACGGCCAGCCCGGGCAUCCUGUCCUCUGCAUCCCACGGCUCUAUGGUGCCCUCGCCACCCGAGGACGAUGAGGAGGAAGACAAUGAUGAGCCAUUACUGAGUGGUUCUGGUGAUGUGUCUAAAGAAUGCGCAGAGAAGAUUCUGGAGACGUGGGGAGACCUGCUGUCUAAAUGGCACAUGAAUCUGGCGGUGCGGCCCAAGCAGUUACCAGCACUUGUCCGCAGCGGUGUCCCAGAAGCCCUGAGGGGGGAGGUGUGGCAGCUCCUGGCUGGUUGCCAUAACAACGAUCAUCAGGUGGAGGAGUACCGGACACUCAUUACCAAGGAGUCUCCUCAGGACAGUGCCAUCACUCGAGACAUUAAUCGCACAUUUCCAGCACAUGACUACUUCAAGGACACAGGAGGGGACGGUCAAGACUCACUGUACAAAAUCUGUAAGGCAUACUCUGUGUAUGAUGAGGAGAUUGGCUACUGUCAGGGUCAGUCCUUUCUGGCUGCCGUACUGCUGCUACACAUGCCGGAGGAGCAGGCAUUUAGCGUUCUGGUGAAGAUCAUGUUUGACUACGGUCUCAGGGAGCUCUUCAAACAGAACUUUGAAGACCUGCACUGCAAGUUCUUUCAGCUGGAGAGACUCAUGCAGGAAUACAUUCCAGACCUUUACUCUCACUUCUUAAGCAUAGGCUUGGAAGCGCACAUGUACGCCUCCCAGUGGUUCCUCACUCUCUUUACAGCCAAGUUCCCUCUCUACAUGGUCUUUCACAUCAUCGACCUGCUGCUGUGUGAGGGUAUCAGUGUCAUAUUUAAUGUGGCUCUGGCAUUACUCAAGACCUCUAAGGAUGACCUGCUGCAGGCAGAUUUUGAGGGGGCGCUGAAGUUCUUCCGUGUGCCUGUGCCCAAACGGUACCGCUCUGAAGAGAAUGCUAAGAAACUCAUGGAGCUAGCAUGUAGCAUGAAGAUCAGUCAGAAGAAGCUGAAGAAGCAUGAGAAGGAAUACCACACAAUGCGAGAACAGCAAGAACAACAGGAGGCCCCCAUAGAGAGAUAUGAGAGGGAGAACAGACGUCUACAGGAGGCAAACAUGCGUCUGGAGCAAGAGAACGAUGACCUGGCCCACGAACUGGUCAGCAGCAAAAUCUCUCUGAGGAAGGAUCUGGACAACGCAGAGGAGAAAGCUGAUGCCCUAAACAAAGAGCUCCUCAUCACAAAACAGAAGUUAAUAGACUCGGAGGAUGAGAAGAGGCGACUGGAGGAAGAGUCUGCGCAGCUGAAGGAGAUGUGCCGGCGAGAGCUGGACAAAUCAGAGUCUGAGAUCAAAAAGAAUGGCUCCAUCAUUGGAGAAUACAAACAGAUUUGCUCCCAGCUGAGUGAGCGACUUGAGAAACAGCAGACGGCUAACAGAGGAGAGCUGGAAAAGAUUCGGCUGAAGGUGGAGGGCUGUGAGAAGUGCAGUGUGCUCUUCAGUAAGGAGGGCCGUCUGAAGGCUGUGAGUGCACCGAAGGAGGGCAGUGAGGAGGAGGCUGAUGAGGAGAAGGAGGCUCUGCAGGCUCAGCUCAGGGAGAUGGAGCUGGAGCUCGCCCAGACCAAACUGCAGCUGGUGGAGGCAGAAUGCAAAAUACAGGACCUGGAGCAUCAUUUGGGUUUGGCGCUGAAUGAAGUGCAAGCGGCCAAAAAGACCUGGUUCAACCGCACUUUAAGCUCCAUUAAAACAGUGACGGGGGCCCAGGGCAAGGAGACCACCUGAGCUGUGUAGAGUCAGGAAGACUGCGCAGCCCCCUGCCAUUUUCUCUUUUGCUUUGUUCCUCCCCUUUCCCCCACCCCAUCCAUCUCUCUAACUCUGUUUCCUUUUCUCUCUGUUAUCUCUCCUGGCCGGUGCUGUUAACACUUCACUGCGCCAGAACAAACCAGUUUUUCUGUCCU